AUGGCAAAGGAUUGUUUUCGUCAUCAAAGAACAACUCUCAGUCAUCAGGUACAAGUUUCUAACUGGGAACCUAGCUUUCAGCUUCAAGAGUUAUUAUAUGAGCAUGUUCAGUUGACUCAAAAGGCAACAGCUGUCAAUGUGAGGCAUCUUGCAUACCAAUUGUUCGUUAAAAUGCUUCUCAGAAACGGAAAGGAGCAGUAUAAUAAUCAAAAAUUCAAAACUCUCCCAAAUCAUGGCACUUCAAGUUUAAAACCAGAGCCACAAGAGUGUAUUUACAUGCAAAUCUUUGGUAUAAUGUAA